AUGUCGUUCGACAGAUUGAUACGAUUUGAAGACGCGGAAGGCGUUGAGAAAUAUGGCAAUAUUGACAACAACGUUCCGGCGUCGGAGCUAGUCGGAAAGACGGUGCAAGUAGUUUUGGGUACUCUGGAGUCUGGCUUUAACGUAUCUGAUGAUCAAGCCGUAGUGGGCAAAUUCCAACCGCCCAAGAAGCCUGUAAUCUUUGCAACCCCUCCCGACCGGCUCGCAGGACCGCUGGACGAUAUCAAGAUCCAUCCAGACGCGCAGGAGCUACUUGACUACGAGGGUGAGCUGAGCGUUGUAAUCGGCAAAGAUGGAUUCGACAUCAGCGAAGAUGAGGCACUGGAUUACGUUCUUGGUUACACCGUAAGCAACGACGUGUCAGCGCGUAACCUUCACGCACUUGACGUCUCCGGGUAUCAAAUGGGAUACGCAAAGUCGUUCGACGGAUUCGGACCUCUUGGGCCCAGCCUAGUGUCCCCUAAGCUGAUCUCCGACCCGCAAAAUUUGAAGCUGACGACCAGUGUGAAUGGAACCGUCCGCCAAAGCAGUGACACGUCUCAGAUGAUUUGGUCAUGCCGCCAGCUCAUCUCAUUCGCGUCUCGCGGUCGCACGUUGCGUCGAGGAACUGUCAUUAUGACCGGAACGCCGGAGGGCGUAGGAUGGCACACCAAUGGCUGCUUGAACGAUGGUGAUGUGGUUCAGGUCGAGAUCGAGAAGUUGGGUCAUAUCAAGAACAAGAUGGUCUUCCAAAAGAGCGACUGA